CAAACUUCUCUUUAAUUAUUGUUACUUUAUCGACGAAGCAAAUUAUUUAUUCCACACCUGAAAAUGCAAUGUAUUACCAUGCAUAUGCAGCAACUUUCCUCAAAAUCCUUACUUUGAAAAUGAAGACUGCUGAGAAUUUGUAUGUGAAAUCUCCAAAACCUGCAUUUCUCUUCAUAUUAUUAUUCAUCCUUGUUCUUCAUCUUCCAAAGGCUGCAUCAGUGGAUGAUGAUGAUAACAUCAACUUCACUUUCCCUGAUUUCAACCCAAAUACGCAUCGCAUAGUUUAUGAAGCUGAUGCGUACGCAUCAGGCAACGCAAUACAACUCACUGCUGACCAAAUAAACAAGGGUCUAAAUGGUAGUGUUGGUCGAGCCACUUAUUACAAGCCAAUGCACCUUUGGGACAAUUCGUCGGGGAAUCUCCUACUUGCAGAUUUCACCACUCAAUUUUCUUUCUCCAUUGAUUCCUUGCACAAUAGCUCAUACGGUAGUGGGUUUGCGUUUUUCCUUGCUCCCAAUGGCUCAAAAAUCCCACCUAGAUCCGCCGGUGGUUGUUUGGGACUUCAAACUUGCAACUCGAGUUUGACUUAUGAUGUUAACUCUAAAUUUGUUGCAGUGGAGUUUGAUACGUAUCACAGUCCUUGGGAUCCUCUGGGGAUGUCAGAGCACGUGGGCAUUGAUCUCAACUCUGUCAAUUCUUCUAACCCCACCGUCAAAUGGUGGUGGAGUGAUAUUGAAAAUGGGGGAAAAGUUAAUGCUUUCAUCACUUACAACUCUAGUACAAAACACUUGAGUGUUUUUUUAGUUGAUGCUAAUGAUUUUUCUCGUGAGAAUUCAUCUAGUCUUUCUGCAACACUGGAUCUUAGCGGAUAUUUACCAGAAUGGGUCACUUUUGGCUUCUCAGGAGCCGCUGGAUUUAACACUAUAACGGAGCUAAACACUAUUUAUUCCUGGAAUUUCAGCUCUACCUUACAAGUUUCCAUGAAUACAACUAUCCAUCCUCCAGCAACAGCACCAAGCCUUCCAGUCAAUCCCAGAAGGAAGAGCAAGACAUGGCUAUGUCUAGUUCUAGCCGUCGUUGGUGGCAUUUUUGCUUUGCUCCUAGUUCCAGGUCUGGUUUGGCUUUUUUGCAGGAGAGGAAAGUAUAACAAGAUGAGGGAUGAUGGGCCCAUGUCUGUCAACGUAGAAAUGGAAAAAGUAACAGCACCUAGGCAGUUUUCCUACAAGGAGCUAAGACUUGCAACCAGUAAUUUUGCUGAUGAAGGUCUGCUCGGAGAGGGAGGUUUUGGGAAGGUUUAUUUAGGCUUCUUGAGGGACAUCAACUGUAGUAUUGCUGUCAAAAGGAUAACUCCACAUUCUCAACAAGGGGUGAAAGAGUACGUAUCAGAAGUUACAACUAUUACCAGAUUGAGGCAUAGGAAUUUGGUCCAACUAAUUGGUUGGUGCCAUGACAGUAAGGAGUUCCUCAUCGUGUACGAAUUCCUUCCAAAUAAGAGUCUCGAUUACCAUCUACAUAGAGAGCCAUGCUUGUUGACGUGGGAUACAAGGUAUAAAAUCGCUAUGGGACUGGCCUCAGCGUUGUUUUAUCUGCAGGAAGAAUGUGACAAAUGCGUUUUGCAUCGAGACAUCAAGUCAAGUAAUGUUCUGUUGGAUUUGAGUUUCAAUGCCAAGCUUGGUGACUUUGGGUUGGCUAGGCUUGUUGACCAUGGACAAGGGUCUCAAACAACUAAGGUUAUGCUUGGGACUGAUGGUUAUAUAGCACCCGAGUGUCUUGACACAUGCAAAGCCAUUAAGGAAUCCGACAUAUACAGUUUUGGUAUUGUUGCCUUAGAAAUAGCCACCGGAAUGAAGGCUAUUGCUGUAAUUGAAAGGAAUGGUAAGAGAUUCAAGAGAAAACUGGUGGAAUGGGUUUGGGAACUGUACGGGAAAGAGAGUGUUUUCGAUGCUGUAGACCCACGAUUGUAUGGCAAUUACGACAUGGAACAAAUGCAACGGUUGCUCUUAGUUGGGCUCGCUUGUGCUAACCCAAACUAUUAUGCCCGCCCAUCGAUAACGCGGGCUAUCGACAUCCUUGGUUUCAAAGCCCCAUUGCCCAUACUACCAGGGGAGCUGCCGGUUCCAACAUAUAUUGCAGCUUUGGAAGACAACAUUGUUACAUCUUCCGCAUCCAAUUCAUCCCAUACCAGUGGUUCCAGAAGAAGCGAAACCCAAACUUCAGGCAAUGGUUCCAAUAUCCAUUCUUGAAGGAUAAAACAAGGACUCCAAGUUCAAACACAGAAGCCAAGCAGUGAGUUCUUGGUUAGUAGUUAACACUUAGUAUUUUGUUCUUUUCAUUGGCUAUGAAGAUUACUAUUUUGAGAUUUUAAUUUUGUUCUUGUCAUGGUUUUCCAAGUGUAAAAUAAUGAUUGUUUUCGUUAUUAAUAAAAGUUCAAUUUUCUUAGCAAAAUGAACAAAUAUAUAAAAUCUUAUAAAUAAAUAA